AUGAAAUACAGGCUCGCUGAGAAGGAGCUAGGGCGGGGGAACUUUGGAGUGAUUCACGUAGCGGAGAGCCCUCAGACUGGGGAGCAGUUUGCAUGCAAGAGCAUCACCAAGGCCAAAUUUGAGGUGAGCAGUGCUGCAAUGUUCCAUUGGUGCAUGGCAUGCAGUGUAUAUGAGCUAGCUGAGAAGGAGCUAGGGCGGGGGAACUUUGGAGUGAUUCACGUAGCGGAGAGCCUUCAGACUUGGGAGCAGUUUGCAUACAAUAGCAUCACCAAGGCUAAAUUCGAGUGUUGGGACGACGUGGAGGACGUGAGGAGGGAGUGUUGGGACGAUGUGGAGGACGUGAGGAGGGAGUGUUGGGACGAUGUGGAGGACGUGCGGAGGGAGGUGAGCGUGCUGGAGACGCUGAGAGGCAAUCCGUAUGUGGUGUCGAUAGUUGAGACGAUCGAAGAUGAGAAGGAGGUGCACAUAGUGAUGGAGCUGUGCAGCGGGGGCGAGCUCUUUAAUCGCAUUCUAGACCGCAAGCACUACGGGGAAAGGCAGGCAGCUCGGGUGAUUCGCUCCGUCGUGGAGGUUUUGGGUUUCUGCCACGCCCGGGUAAUCGUGCAUCGGGACUUAAAGCCCGAGAAUAUCUUGCUGGUGUCGAAACGGAGCGAUACAAGGGUCAAAGUGAUUAACUUCGGCAUGGCCUGCAUCUUGAAACCGGGCGAGCGCUGCAAGCUGAGAGCCGGAACACCCAACUACAUUGCCCCGGAGGUGAUAGCCAAGAACUACAGUCCUAUCCAUUUACCCUAUCCUACCCAUUCUCUCUCCUUCCCCCCCUCCCAUCCUCCACCUUCAGGCGAGAGGUGCAAGCUGCGUGCCGGAACUCCGAAUUACAUUGCUCCAGAAGUUAUUGCAAAAAAUUACGGAGCUGAAGCGGACGUGUGGAGUGCGGGGGUGAUCCUGUACGUGCUGCUGUGCGGGCUGCCGCCCUUCUGGGGGGACACCACAGAGGACGUCUUCAAGAGCAUCCUGUGA